AUGCGGAACAAAUUUGAUAGUUUUUUGCAAGUCAAUAAUUUUUGCACUCAUAGAGCCGGGCAGAUUUUUAUUUUGUGGAAUCCAUCCAAAGUCAAAUUGGAAGUUUUGGAGACUAAUCCCCAAGUCAUCCAUUGUAUCGCUACUUGCAAAGUAACAUUUUAUACCUUUCUUGUUAGUUUUGUUUAUGCUUUCCAUACAAUUGUUAACCGGAGGCCGCUUUGGAACAACAUCAUGGAUUUCAAUGCAAAUGUUUCAUUGCCUUGGAUGAUUCUAGGUGAUUUCAACAACGUGCUCAAAUUUGAUGAGAAAAGCAAUGGUGCGGAGGUAACACCUUAUGAAAUUAAGGAUUUUGCCAAUUGUUGCCUUCAUGUUGAUCUUACGGAUGUGCGCUCCAUUGGUUGUUUUUACACUUGGACUAAUAAUUCAAUUUGGAGCAAAAUUGAUAGGGCUAUGAUGAAUGACAUUUGGGUGCAAAAUGGUGCAUAUGGCCUCGCUGAUUUUUCACCUCUCAGGUGCCUUUCCGACCACUCUUCUUGCAUUGUAUCCAUUCAUGACCGUGAGGUGAACACUAGGAAGUCAUUCAAAUUUUUCAGCAUGUGGACAAUGCAUGAAGACUUCCAAGGACUUGUUCAAGCAAGUUGGAAUUUCGAAGUGGUAGGGACAAAACAAUUUGUUCUUUGUAAAAAGCUGCACAAGUUAAAAGGAGCAUUGAGCGAGCUAAAUGUUAAACACCUUGGGCACAUUUCUACACGGGCAAAUGAGGCUAAAAGAGAAUUGGAGGCUGCCCAACUUGAGCUCCAUGAUCAACCCACAAAUGAGCAUUAUCAACUUAUGGUGGCUAGAUUGAGAAAGAAAGCCAUGGGAUUAUGUGAAGCGGAACGCAACUUAUUGAUCCGGCACAUUUUUAGUGAGGAGAUCAAAGAUGUACUCUUUGGUAUUGGAGAUGAUAAAUCCCUCGGGCCGGAUGGUUACACUUCAUGCUUCUUUGAAAAAGCAUGGGGGACUAUUGAAGAUGAUUUUGUGGGGGCCAUCAUGGAAUUCUUCGCAUUGGAAUCCAUCCUCAAACAAGUCAACCACACGGUCAUUGCUUUGGUGCUAAAGUCAAGUCACACACCGAAUGUUGGGGAUUAUAUGCCUAUAUCAUGUUGUAAUGUUUUCUACAAAGUGAUUACUAAAGUUCUUGCUUCUAGAUUGAUGCCUAUUUUGGAGAGCAUUGUGGAUCAUGCACAAGCCGCUUUUAUUGAAGGUAAGAGUAUGAUGGAAAAUAUCCAUCUUGCCCAAGAACUCAUGAGACAAUAUAACAGGAAGAGGGUUGCUUUGAGAUGCCUCCUAAAGAUUGAUCUAAAGAAAGCGUAUGAUUCGGUAGGUUGGAAUUUCCUUAUAGGAGUACUUGAAGGAUUGCACUUUCCUUCGAGAUUUGUACAAUGGGUUAUGGAAGGUGUUACUUCCCCAACAUAUUCCGUAACUUUGAAUGGGAGUAUUCAUGGUUUCUUCAAAGGUGGAAAAGGCCUCCGAACGGUUAAGGCUGCCACAAAUGAUAGUGAAUUCAACUAUCACCCUAAAUGUGGCCCCUUAAAGAUCACUCACUUAGCUUUUGUGGAUGAUUUAAUGCUCUUUGUAAGGGAAGAUGUUAUGUCAGUGCAAAUUCUAAUGGAUUGCCUUUCAAACUUUGAUUUUGUAUUGGGUUUAAGGAUGAACAUCCAAAAAUCCAGCUUGUAUACAGCUGGUAUUCACGGCCAAGACCUUGAUGAUAUUUUUGAACUCACAAAUUUCACGAAGGGUACUAUGCCAUUUCGUUAUUUGGGCAUCCCUCUUGCUUUGGAAAAACUCAAAGCAGUUUUGGAUAGAUUUGAGGCUUGGUCAACUGGUGGAAAAUUCUACACAAAAAUGGCAUAUGAUUACUUUUGA